UCAAACCAGAAAGACCCCCACAAACUUUCAGAACAGCAAGAAGCACUGUGUGACGGCCAGAACCCGCUGCCCAUCUAUGUGUCCGUCAAUGUCCGGAACAGCUACAGCACCAACGAUUUCAAAGAGUGGGUGGAAUUCACCCCCUACGAGGUGGGACUUCCGAAGUACGGUGCAUUCGUUCGCACAGAGCAUUUCGGAAGUGAGUUCUUCAUGGGACGCUUGUUAAAAAAGCUCCCCGAAUCCCGGAUCUGCUACCUGCAAGGUAUGUGGAGCAGUAUAUUUUCUGUGAACCUAUUACAAAUAUGGGGAUUGUCCCACAGUUCAGAGGACUUCUGGAAGAGAUGGACACAAGACAGAAUAGAAGAAGUUGAUGAAGACCCAGUGUUGCCCACAAGACCCCACGAGCUGCGGACUCGCAUGUACACUCCUCCUGGCCCCCUGUCCAGUGCCCUUCGGGGAGCAUUGACCGACCGCUUCUCCGUGGCCCAGCACCACAACUUCCUGAAGGGCUACCAGCUGCAUAGCAACUACAUGGAGAAUGAGCACUUCUGUAGAUGGAAAGACACUGUGCUAGACUCACGUCCCAACCAGCUGAUGGAAAACUCUGAUCACCUGGGCAUGAUAGAUGCUGGAUUUUUCAUCAAUACCAGCAGUCCACCACUUUUAAGGCCACAGAGGGAAGUGGAUGUCAUCAUAUAUUUAAGUUAUACUACUGGAUCACAUACGUCGUCUCUAGAUAAGGCGUAUAAAUACUACUCAGAGCAGAAAAUCCCAUUCCCCAAAAUUUCUUUGACUGAGGAAGACAAGAAAAACCUGAAGGAGUGCUACAUCUUCCAAGAUUCAGAUUUGCCAGGAUGUCCGAUUGUGAUUUUUCUUCCCCUUGUGAAUGAUACCUUCCAAGAGUACAAAGCACCUGGUGUCAAGCGCUGUUGCUCAGAGAUGGAGGAAGGACAACUUGAUUUGAACAGUCGUUUUUCCCCCUACUGCAUGUUCUCGGUCAGGUACACUGACGAGAAUUACCGCCGGCUGAACCUCAGUGAAUACAACAUCCUGAACAACUCUCAGAUGAUUAUGCAGGCCUUGCAGAUAGCGAUGGAAAGGAGAAGGCAAAACAUGUGCUAA